CAGGAUCUAAUGGACAGGUUUGCUGCCCUUGACUCUGAACAGAUCCCAGAUGUUUCUGCCAGACGAGAUGCUGAUGGGACCUCAUCGACUCCAAGGUCACGAAGCAUGGAAAAGAGAAGGUCAUCAACUUCCGGGAUGUCUGAAUCAGCGUCAGCUUGCCAGGAAGGACAGGAUGAGGUGGAGGAGGUCAGCCUGGACAAACCAUAUAUGGUGGAGGAACCUUGCAGGGCUACGACUUCAUCUGGUCCUCUAGGGUCUGGAAGACGAAGGCACAUUGUGAUCAUCGGUCACAGCUACAUACAUUGGGCAGAGCGUUAUGCUGCCACAUCCUCGUGGGGGAGUGAUUUGGGGCUUGGAGCCCAUGCGCACAUCACUUGGAAAGGGCUGUGUGACAUGCAGUGGAACCAGUUGUGCAGGUUGGCGGCAUUCGGCCAGUUUCCACCAGACGUGUUGGUAGUGCACCUUGGAGGCGAUGAUUUGCCCAAACUUGCUGGUAAGGCGUUGAUCCUGGACAUUAUUCGCAGCCUUAAAUGGUUGAAUGCCAAGUAUCCUACUAUGCGGAUCGUGUGGUCCACAAUCAUUCCUCGGUUAGCCUGGGAAGGCGCCAGGAAUAUUUGCAAUGUUAACACGGCCCGGCGGCGCGUUAACAGAGAAGUAUGCAGAUUUGUCUGCAGCGGCCUAGGAUCGGUGAUAGGUCACCAAAGGAUCCAAAUGAAUAAGUCCGAAUUUUUUAGAAAAGACGGAGUCCACCUUUCUGAUUUGGGCUUGGAUGUCUUCUUGGAAGACAUCAAAGGGGGCCUUCUUGUCGAGCUCAAGCAACUCGGUGACAGUCAUGGGACAUAGUGUGGCUAGUCCCUAUGGUGUGGUGGGUAGUGCGGAAAAAACAGGUAUUUUCCGUGUGUCCCACUGUAAUUUCAGGUAAGUCAAUAGUGCAUCCGACCUGCUGGCACUGUGGAUCGUGCGAUUACAGUGCCUGUGGUGGGAAGAUGCACUGGGCCACUUCUGGACCAACAGUCAUUGAGUAAAGAUGGCCUGAGGUCUGGGGGUGCUUAUUAGCAGCCGGCCAGGUUCCUGCUGUCUUUAAGACCGCUGGAACCUGGGGCCAGGGACUCACCCAUUUGUUGUUAAGGGGUAUUUCGAUACCUCUGCCAUUUACCUGUUUCCACACUGCAUCGGGUCCCCUCCUUUUGCCAAAGGAUGACAAAUUUGAAUUGGAAUUUAAUUCAAUAAAGCGUGGCCCGUAUUUAAC